AUGCCUCAGAACGAGUAUAUUGAGCGCUGGCAAAAGCAGCACGGAAAGCGUCUCGAUCAUGAUGAGCGAGCUCGCAAGCGCCAGGCGCGUGAAUCCCACAAGCAAUCAUUCAAUGCCCAGAACCUCACUGGCCUGAGGGCCAAGCUGUACCAGCAGAAGCGUCACAAGGAGAAGAUCCAGAUGAAGAAGCGCAUCAAGGAGCAGGAAGAGAAGAAUGCCACCAACGCCAAGGCCUUGUCCAGUGCUAUCAAGGAUAAGCGUAAUGAGAAGGCCGCCAAGUUCGCUGUUCCCCUGCCUAAGGUCAAGGGUAUCAGUGAGGAGGAGAUGUUCAAGGUUGUCAACACCGGAAAGAAGACUCACCAGAAGUCCUGGAAGCGCAUGAUUACCAAGCCCACUUUCGUCGGUAGCGACUUCACUCGUCGCCCCGUCAAGUACGAGCGUUUCAUUCGUCCCAUGGGUCUGCGUUACAAGAAGGCCAAUGUCACUCACCCCGAGCUCGGUGUCACUGUCCAACUGCCCAUCUUGUCCGUCAAGAAGAACCCCCAGAACCCCCUGUACACUCAGCUGGGUGUUCUGACCAAGGGUACUAUUAUGGAGGUCAACGUUUCUGAGCUUGGUCUUGUAACCACCAGCGGUAAGGUUGUCUGGGGUAAAUGGGCCCAGGUCACCAACGUGCCCGAGAACGAUGGUUGCGUCAAUGCUGUUCUCCUCGUCUAG